UGUGUUCCCGGGGGGACGCGGGGCCCGGCGCGGGCCGGAGCGCUGAGCGCGGCGCACCGCGUCCCGGCACGAGCGCGAUGGCGCCCGGCGGCAAGGUGGCAACAGUGCUGUGCCUGGAUGUGGGCUUUACAAUGAGCAGUUCUUUCCCUGGUGAAGAGUCUUCACUUGACCAAGCUAAGAAGAUUAUGACAAAGUUUGUGCAGCGACAGGUUUUUGCUGAGAGUAAAGAUGAAGUUGCUGUAGUUUUGUUUGGCACUAAUGGCACUAGGAACGGCCUUGCCAGUGGGGAUCAAUACCAAAACAUUACUGUACAUAGGUCACUAAUGCUGCCAGAUUUUGAGCUGCUGGAAGACAUUCAAGAUAGGAUUAAAGCAGGCUCUGAACAAGCAGACUUUUUGGAUGCAAUUAUUGUGUGUAUGGACUUGCUUCAAAGGGAAACAAUAGGAAAGAAAUAUGAGAAGAGACACAUUGAACUGUUUACAGACCUUAGUAGUCCUUUCAGUGAUGAUCAGCUGGAAAUUAUCAUUGCUAAGUUGAAGAAAACAGGAAUUUCACUUCAGUUUUUUUUGCCAUUUCCAGUGGGUGUUGAUGAUGGAAGUAGAGAUAYAAGUGCCAGUGUACAUGCUCAUAUGCACAGAAACUCUUCUCCAAGCAAGGGUUUGACUGAACAACAGAAGCGAGGUAUUGAUGUGGUGAGGAAAGUCAUGUAUGCUUUGGAUGAAGAAGGAGGGCUGGAAGAAAUUUAUACCUUCAGAGAGAGCCUGGAACGUCUUUCAAUGUUUAAGAAAAUAGAAAGAAAACCUAUACCUUGGCCCUGCCAGCUCACUAUUGGUCCUGAUUUGUCCAUAAGGAUUGUGGCCUACAAAUCAGUCACAGAAGAGAGGGUGAAAAAACUUUGGAUGACUGUGGAUGCUAAAACCCUCAAAAAAGAGGAUGUGCAAAAAGAAACUGUAUACUGCUUGAAUGAUGAUGAUGAAACAGAGAUUCAGAAAGAUGAUACUAUCCAAGGUUUUCGGUAUGGGAGUGAUAUAAUUCCUUUUUCCAAGGAAGAUGAGGAGCAUAUGAAAUACAAAACAGAAGGAAAGUGUUUUUCUGUUUUGGGAUUCACUAGAUCCUCUCAGAUCCAGAGGCAUUACUACAUGGGCAACCAGGCUCUGAAGGUCUUUGCAGCAAAAGAUGAUGAGAAUGCAGCAGUUGCUUUUUCUGCACUUGUUCGUGCACUGGAUGAGUUGAAAGUGGUGGCUAUAGUGCGCUAUGCUUAUGAUAGAAGAUGCAACCCACAAAUUGGAGUAGCUUUUCCAUAUAUUAAGGAUGCAUAUGAGUGUCUCAUCUAUGUGCAACUACCCUACAUGGAAGACCUAAGACAAUAUGUAUUUUCAUCCUUGAAAAACAAUAAAAAAUGCCUUCCUACAGCGGAUCAGUUAUCWGCUGUUGACUCACUGAUUGAUUCUAUGAAUUUGGUUCAUGAAGAUGGAGAAASUUUUGAAGACCUAUUUAAGCCCAGCAAAAUCCCAAACCCUCAUUUUCAGAGAUUAUAUCAGUGUUUGCAGCACAAGGCUUUUCACCCUGAUAAGCCACUGCCACCAAUUGAGCAGCACCUUUUAGAAAUGCUGGAUGUGCCUCAUGUGGUGAGAGAAAGGUGUCAGGCUCCUCUUGAAAGAGUGAAAGCACUUUUCCCCCUAAAGGAAGUUGGCAAGAAAAAAGAAGAGAAGACUGCACAAGAUAUCUUCAAAGACAACGAAGAUGAACCCAGCCUUAAGAAACCAAAAAUUGAAGAYGAGGAAGGGAGCUUUAGCAUCCUGAAACUUGCUGAAGGCAAUAUCACCUCUGUGGGCAGUGUUAACCCAGCAGAAGAUUUCCGAAUUCUGGUGCGGAAGAAAAAUGCUGACUUCAAAGAUGUGAGUCAGCAGUUGAUAAACCGCAUUGAUCAGUUCCUGGAAAAUAAAGGUUCACAGUACUACAUGAAAGGGAUCGAUUGUAUCAGAGCUUUUAGAGAGGAAGCCAUGAAGAUGUCCAAGGUGCAGUGCUUUAAUGACUUUCUGCAGGCCCUGAAAUCAAAGUUGGAAGAUAAAGCCUUAGCUGAUUUCUGGGAGAUCAUGAUACAAGACAGAAUUUCUUUGAUCACUAAAGAUGAAKCAGAGGAAAGUUCAGUGACUGGUGAAGAGGCUGAAAAGUUCUUGGCUCCAAAAGAACCGAAAAAUGAAACUCUGCCUCCUACAGAUGAAGGUGGUGAUGUUGAUGAUCUGCUGGACAUGAUGUGACUGGUGAUAUAUGGUGACUAUACAAGCAAAGUUUUGGAAGAGAUCUUCAUGGGAGAUCUUCAUGGGGCACAAAAAGAUGCUGAUGAGAAGACAGUACAUCCAUCUUUAUUUUCUCAAGUGASAACAGAAAUCCCAGAAACAUUUUCAGCUGGUAUAGAUGUCAUCUGACUUUCCAAAAAUAGAAUAGAAGAUUGAAAUGGUCUGAAAUAUUUGGGAAGUAACGGUAUCUUUAAGGCAUUUUUUUUUCUUUAGAACACUGGAUUUAGCUUGUCCUUUGUAUUGCUUUCAGCUAAACAUUAGUAAAUUUAAUGAGAAUCUGCUCUGGUGCCUGAAAUUCUUGUUAYAUUGACUGGGAACAAAGACAGAAAUGUCACAGUGCGGUUACCAGGUAAUACUGAAUCUUUAGAGGAGGUAACCCUGUAGCUUUAUUGUUACAGAAAGGAAAAUGUCUCUAUUAUCAUGCUUUUAAAAAAACAGCCAGCCAAUUCAAAUAAAAAACAAAAUAGAGCAAAAAACUCCAAACCCAACAACACACCACAAAAAUUGCCACAGAGGCUUGUGGGAAAAAAUUCUAGGCCAGGGACUCACAAGUUAAUAGUGUGAAAUACUCAACAGAAUCUAAAGCAUGCAGCAGAGCCAAGUGUGCUGAUUUUGCCACACUGUCCCCAGAUCAGUAAUAAUGGUCAUUUCUGUGCUGUAGGUUCUCUAUCCUGUCAGCUCAGCAGUACCUCAGGGUCUCUGUACCCUUCUGUUACACAUUUUCCUGUUUCAUGUGCUGAGAUUUUUGAUUUUUUUUUUAGGCUUUUAACUAGUACAGUUACCRUAGACAUUCCUAGUGCUAAAAGGAAGAAUGAAUCACUUCUAUCUCCAUUUCAUACACUGCUGAGAGGUGCUGACCCAGAGCAGAGGAAUCCCUGAAAGCUGUACACUGACAGCUGUGAUAGAUAAGUGAUAAUAGUUAAUACUGGUAACCAGCAUGGAGUAAUGUCUACACAGAGCAAUCCAGAGCAGUGAAAUACUGCUUAGAAAAAGACAUUCAAAUCUGACUGCAGGGCUGGAGAGACAGUACUGACACCUUCAUACAUGCCUGUCUGUUACAACCAGAUUAAUUCCUUUAAACGCUGUUCUUUCGUUAUUAUAAAUGUAUAMACAUACUGUGCAAAAUGGUAUUAAGAUCACAAAAAAAAAAAGAAAAAAUCACCUGUAGUUGCAAAAUGUUAUGGAAUAUUUGCACUUUAUACUGGCCAACAGCUCCACUGUGGGAAACAGCAAUUGCUUUYUGCCCCUACUUCCCUAACAGCAACCUAAUCUCUUCUCUCUUGCAUCCUAUCCUGACUGAGUUGAAAGCAUUUCUCAAGUGCAGAUGGCAGGGAGCAUGUGAUCUUUGAAGAUCUUUAUAGUUUUGUGUUACCAGAAGAUAUUUUUCUCAGCUGUAAAUAAGAAUUACUUGAUAAGUGUUUUCAAUGUCUUUUAAGGCAAAUUUAUGGAGUAUACUGGAUGGGGUGUUUUUUAACACUUUCUUGCUUUGUUUUCUUUUUUGGGGUUUUUUUUGUUUAAUAAAAGUAUUUGAACAGUU